GUGGUGUGCGUCAAUGCGUCGGACACCAAAUAACCAAAGGACAAAGUUGUUUAACUUAUAUGAUGUUGUUGCACAAAUUGUCGAAUAUUUAUUUUAAAUAACGACAAUGUGGGUCGCCAGGAGAUUUCUGUCGUUACUCGUCAAAAGAGCUCAGUUUGCGGGGCCCUCUGGUUUGUUCCGUCGCCCUCAGCACGGUUCCCUCCCCGAGCUAGAGCUGCGGUACCUCCAGUGCACCUGCUGCUGGAGAAGUCGGGUUCCCGUGGCCGGCUUUGAGACCCUGAACGCCACUCUGUCCUCCACGUCUGAGCCCUGCAAGGAGGACGCGACCAGACCGCUGGACGCCUGCUACACCUCCACGCAACGAGACGCCAUCCUCCAACUCCUCAACAACGCCACAUCGACAGAGCUGGCCUGCGUGAAGCUGCUCAGAGGCCGCAAAUCGGUCAACAUUGUGGAGUACAGGACUAAAAACGGACCCUUUAAAACGCUGGAGAGUGUGGUGAAUGUGCCGCUGCUGAAGCACAAAAGUGCUGUCAUAGUCUUUAACUCCAUCCUCAACCCGGUUAAGAAGGAGAGGAAAGUGAGGAUACAGCUGGCCAAGUUUAUCAGGCCAGAGGUGGACAGGUCCUGGCUGGAGGACGCCAGUUCCAUCGUGUCGAUAGUAUGCGGGACAAAUAAAAUCGCCUGGGCACAUGUGGACCGUGGAAUGACUGUACUGGAUUGGCGACAGCUGGAUUGUCCCAACUUCUUGAGAGGCACAUACCUGGCUUCUGCUUAUCUGAAUGAUGUCUCUUCAGCUGUGGCACUUCUCCCAUUAGCGGACUUCUACAUAAUAGAGAAAAGCUCCAUCUCAGUCCAGAAUACAGCUCUGUUCCCCGUUAUGGCCCAUAUGAGGACUGUGGAGGCCAUGCUGUUCGCUCUGCUGGAGCCCAAAAACUCCCCAGAAGAGUCCAACAUUCCUCCCAGAGUUCUUAACAUGAUGCGGACUGCUGUUGGACGUCACUUUGGACUGAUGGUGGGCGAGGCUCGGACCAGCGGAGCGCAGACAGUGCGACAGUUGAUGACUGAAUCCGUGACACAGAAGCUUCCCAGGAUAAAUUUUCCCCAAGAGCUGCUGGUUAAACAUAGGAAUUCCUUCCAGAUGGGCAGCAGAAGAGGAGGAGAGGAACUCUGCGACGCGCUACUUCAGGCUGUAGCUUUCUAUGAGCUGCUCAGUGAAUCUUCCUCUUAGCUGCGACCUGUUCUGAUCACACUGCAUCCGCUAAAAUAAAUCUCCUAAGUGGCAUUCUGAGCCCUUUUGAACUUUACCAAACGGAUCUGAUGGGGAUUAAAAAUGUGUUUAAAAAACUGAAUAUUCUUACUGUUACUUUAAUGUUGUUUUUCAGGAUCCUGACCAUGAGGGCUGCUUCUGUGUUGUGUUAUUUUUGCAGUUGACCUUGACAGUUAACUUCCAUUUUUCUGCUGUCUGAGAAUUUUCACUGUUUGUGUAAAAUCUGUUUUCUGGAUUACGUUAGAAGAAUGAAACAUUUUACACAGAUCUCAACAGCAACCUGUGUCAGUACCUCAAAAAAGUAUUUAACAUUGUUUAAAACUGCUCCACAAAAAUAGACUUUUAUUCACUCUUUAUGGUUGCACUUACAUGUAAAUAAAACAUAAUUUCUCAUCUCAA